CUGCACACCACCGAAACAUCACGACAUCGGACGCCCAGCGACACAAUCCUGCGAAUCCGCCGCCGACCGCUUCGAGUUUUUAGUCGACACCUUCUCAUCGGUUUAUUUAUUUAUUUUUGCGCAAUCGCCAGCAGCAAGCAACGCCAGUCUCUGCACUGCAACCUCCACCCCGCCGUGCUCUCCACAUUGGUGCCCAGUCGCCUCUUGUCGUCUCUUAUUUUUCGCCUUCCUUUUGUCCGCCGCCGGCUUCUCCGUGGCAAAAUAUCGAUAUCCGAGCCCUAACCAGUGCUUAUCUCUCUUCCCGCUCUUGUUUACGGAACGACUCUCUCAGACGGCUCCCUCCAACGCCCUGACGCGCCAACACACGCUAGUUGAGAUGCUCUCCGACAACGCCGGCUUUUGCAUUUCGCGUUCCUAAUAGCAUCCGCCGACUCGGGCUUGCUCUUGUCCCUCCUUUUACAACACUGAUUUCAGCAUUUAAAGCGAUCGAUCAUUUGCGUCCUGUAAAGACCUGAUACCCCCCAUAGAACAGCAACACACUUGGUCACGUCCGCUCUCCUCCGCAACAAUGGAUGAGACUCCCCCAGAGACCCCGACGUCGCCCGUCGCCGACGAAAACAACCCCCUAGGAAAUGGCAGCGCUUCCAGUGAUCCUCCCAAGAGAAUGCCAUCCCUUCGCUCCGUCUCCGACUCUCAAAACAUGAACCCCAGCUCGACACCCCUUGGCCUUCUUGGCAAGGCUCGUAAGCCUCCCGUCACAGCCUCGUCAUUUGCAAGAGGUGGCGGAGCCCUGGACAACGACAUAAUGGCCCGCGCCAGACAAUUACAGCAAGAGCGCAUGCAAAUGGGAAUGACUCCGCCGGUGAACUCGCCCGCCUCGCCCGCCACCUCCGGAGGCAGCAGUCCGGGCUUCGCCGGCCUGCGCGGCCUGCCCAACAUGCAGAGACCUGGGCCUGGCAUCCAUCACAACUCGGCUCCUAACCUGGGAAAGCCAUCACUCAGCGAACGACGAGCUAACAAGUUCGGCGGCAUGAAGCUGUCUGACAUGGGAAGCCCUUCCAUCAGUCCUUCGCCAGGUCUGCGCCGCCCUGGAGCCCCCAAGCUCUCCGAUAUGGCUGGCGGUUCUAAUUCCGCGCCAGCACCUGCGGGCACUCAAGGGUCCAAACUUGACGACUUCAAGCAGUACAUUGACGCCGAAAAGGGCUGGAUUACCUUUGAUGGCGCAGCGACAAUCACGAGAACCGGAGUCAACUUCUCCAACGGUCAGACAUUUAGCAUUUCGCUGGACGAAAUCGAGACCCUAGACGAAUUGGGCAAAGGCAACUAUGGCACAGUUUACAAGGUCAAGCACGCCAAACCUAAAGCACCCCGCUUUGGUCACGGCCUGUCAGGCUUCAAAGCUUCACAGUCAGAAGGCAAUGGCGAGACCACAACAGGCACCAAAGAGGACGGUACGACAGGCAAAGUCAUGGCAAUGAAGGAAAUUCGACUGGAACUUGACGAUGCCAAGUUCACUACUAUCCUAAAGGAGCUCGUUAUUCUGCACGAGUGCGUCUCACCGUACAUUAUCGAUUUCUAUGGUGCAUUCUUCCAAGAAGGCGCGGUGUAUAUAUGCAUCGAAUACAUGGACGGUGGCUCCAUCGAUAAACUUUAUGCCGGAGGCAUCCCUGAACCUGUGUUGCGGAAAAUUACACACUCGACAGUCCUCGGUCUCAAGACCCUCAAGGAAGACCACAACAUCAUCCAUCGCGACGUAAAGCCUACCAACAUCCUGAUCAACACGCGUGGCCAAACCAAGAUCUGCGACUUCGGUGUCAGCGGCAACCUCGUCGCCAGUAUAGCAAAGACGAAUAUUGGCUGCCAGAGCUACAUGGCCCCCGAGCGUAUCUCUGGUGGUGGCAUGGCUCAAGCAGGAAGCUCUGACGGUACAUAUAGCGUACAGAGUGAUGUCUGGAGUCUUGGCCUCACUAUUGUCGAAUGUGCAACUGGCCAGUACCCGUAUCCUCCCGAAGUCUCUUCCACUAUUUUCAGCCAAUUGAGCGCCAUUGUCGAGGGCGAACCUCCCGGUCUCCCCGAUGACUCCUUCUCCGACGAAGCAAAGGACUUUGUCAAGUCCUGCGUCCGCAAAAUCCCUAAGCAGCGCCCAACCUACGCCGCCUUGCUCAAGCACCCGUGGCUUGCUUCGCUCUCGAAGCCCGAUACCAUUGCUGAGGAAGCUGAGGAUGAAGACCCAGCUACGGCCGUCGCCCAUCUAUCGCUCGACGACGACGUCGUUGAUCAGGAAGUAGCCGAUUGGGUCAAGGGCGUCCUGCAGGCCAAGAAGGACGGCAAGGCGCCCGUAGGCGCUGAGAAGCCUGCUCUGCACGCCGCUCCUUUGGACACGGUAAGCCCGUUGAACAGCCCAACGGCGGAGUAAUAUAUAGAUUCGAAGACGGUCUCGGCGUUUUAUUCCCCGUCGGUUUUCUUUGUUUCAAGUUGGCAUCUUUCUUUUUUUUUUUGAGUACGCGAGAUGCAUUUGUUCGCUAUCAUGCGGACUGGGUUUUUUUGGUAUGGCCUGCCAUCGGCUGCGAGGGUAUUUUUGUACAUAGAUAUAUAUGGUAGAGCAACAGCAUUCAUGGCAUUGGGGUCAGCUACAUACAGACACGUCACGGAAUAAACGAGGAUAUAGACGUGCAAUUAAGCAUUUUUGGGAGCAAUAAAUUAAAAUGGUAUUAAACUCAAACUCCCCAAGAAAGUAACUACAACCUCCCAAAUUCCCAGAAACCAAGAGACUCAGCGCAGUAAAAAGAUGAUAGCGGCCGUGCCCGCCAAACCAAAGCUAGGCCUCGAUUAGCUCGAUCCGAGGUGCCGAUCUAGCAGGCGUCUCAUACAUACAUUAAACAAAAUAGUUGCAAUCUUUCUUUCCAAGCGUGGUCCCAUGGUCAGCGUGGUCUGCCAGCAAUGUACAUCAUCGCCCUCGGCUGGCAUCCUUCACUAAAAGGACAUCAAGAGCAGAAGAGUAGCAGCUAGCCAAACAGACCUGGUAUAUACGUUUCAAACUUUGUAUAACAAGUUGAUGUAAAUUUUUUGUUGGUUUUUUUGUGCAUGUUUUUCUUGACAAAUCGUGUACGUUAUAUUUGUUGUUGUUUUUAUUAGUGUCGUGCAUUAGUUGCUGCAGAAGGGCGGAGAGUGGUUGCAGUUUGUCAUUAAGGUAUUAAAGCAUCGACAGGCGCCCCGUUCGCUGAGUUAACAGGAACAGGAGCAGCUUCCGCGAGAGACCAUGCGCGUGUCUUUUAGGAGUAGUCGUCCUUGACACGGCGGCCCUCGAAGUUACCGCGGCGACCGAAGAAGCGACCACCAGAGCUGUCGCUGCGGCGGCCGUGGGAGAACAGACCGCAAGCAAUGAUGAGAGCGGCCCAAGAGCCCCAGAGGAAACCGAAGCCGUACUUGCCGACCUGAGCGUCGCGGCCGUCGUUCUUGAAGGCGUUCUGAGCGAGGACAAAGACGGCAGUGGUGAGGGAGGCAGCAACGGUGUGGCAGAGGACGGCGAGCAAGCUGUUGUAGUAGGCAAUGGCAGCGCCGAGACGUCCGCAACAAGCGAGGAAGCUGGUGAGGAAGGUGAUGACUCCGAAGAAGAGGGCGAGGAUGAUGAAGACCCAGCCAAAGCGCCAUAGGUAGUAGUACUUGGUAGAGGUGGUGUUGUCGCCGUGGUUGCCCAUGAUGUCAUCGGGAACGCCGUUAGCGUUGGCAUCCCAGGCGUAGCCAAAGGGAUAAGCAGCCUUGGCCUGGUUACAGUCGUGGUUGCCUUCGCCGCAGAUGUAGAAAUAGGUCCAUUGGGAGACGCCUCCAGUGCGACUAGCACCGGCGAUGCCUUGGGUGUUGACUUGGAGGAAGUACGUCUGGUUGAGCGGCGUGGAGUCGGCGACACCGGCCAAGACGAUGAAGAAGAGCAUGGCGAGCGAGCCGGCCAUGAAAAUCAGGCCGGCAAGACCAAACAUUGGGC